AUGUCUGGCUCCUACGAUGAAUCUGCUGGUGCUGAUGACACUAUGGACAGCUUCUGGGAGGUAGGGAACUACAAGCGUGCUGUCAAGAGAAUCGAUGAUGGCCAUCGACUCUGUAAUGACCUUAUGAACUGCCUUCAGGAACGUGCCAAGAUAGAGAAGGCAUACAGUCAACAGCUCACUGAGUGGUCCAAGAGAUGGAGGCAACUCGUCGAGAAAGGGCCUCAGUAUGGUUCAGUGGAGAGAGCCUGGCUGGCAGUGAUGACUGAAGCAGAUAAAGUGAGUGAGCUUCAUCAAGAGGUGAAGAACGGUUUGCUGAAUGAGGACAUUGAGAAAGUGAAGAACUGGCAGAAAGACUCUUACCACAAACAGAUGAUGGGUGGGUUCAAGGAAACCAAAGAGGCAGAAGAGGGCUUCAAGAAGGCGCAGAAACCAUGGGCCAAGAAACUCAAAGAGAUGGAGACAGCAAAGAAGACAUAUCACAUGGCCUGUAAGGAGGAGAAACUAGCAGCCACACGUGAGGCUAACGGCAAGGCAGACGCCUCUGUUACUCCAGACCAGCAGAAAAAACUCCACGAGAAGACGGAGAAAUGCAAACAAGACGUACAGAAGGCAAAGGAGAAAUAUGAAAAGUCCCUGGAGGAGCUGAACAAAUGUACACCCCAGUAUAUGGAAAGUAUGGAGCAAGUGUUUGACCAGUGCCAGCAGCUGGAGGUUAAAAGACUGACCUUUCUCAAAGAAGUCUUACUGGACAUCAAACGGCACCUCAACCUCACUGAGAACCAAAGCUAUGCCACAGUGUACCGGGAGCUUGAACGUACCAUUCUGGCAGCGAAUACACAGGAUGACCUGAAAUGGUUCAGUAAUAACCAUGGCCCUGGCAUGCAUAUGAACUGGCCUCAGUUUGAGGAAUAUAAUCCAGAUGCCACAAAUGCUGUUGCUAAGAGAGAGAAGAAGAAGCCUGAUGGAGUGGCUCCUGCCACCCCCAGCACAGAGCAUGGGGGUCAUCCUGGAGACCGCGGCAGUGUGAGCAGCUACGAUAAGAACCAGGCUUAUUCAGCGGAGUGGUCUGACGAUGAGCAGCCUGCUUAUUCGGGUAAUGAGACAAACGGGGGUGCCAACUCCUUCGAGGAUGAUUCGGCCAGCGGACGAGGGGUGCGGGUGCGAGCACUGUAUGACUAUGAUGGACAAGAGCAGGAUGAACUGAGCUUCAAAGCAGGUGAUGAACUGACUAAGAUUGAAGAUGAGGAUGACCAGGGAUGGUGCAGAGGUCGUCUAGACAACGGGCGGACGGGCUUAUAUCCAGCCAACUACGUUGAGGAAAUCUAA